GAGGCGCAUAGCUGCAUGCUGGAAUCAGAUCGCUGCGACUCCUGGAUUGGCAGCUCCCAUGCCCAGGCACGCUUGCUGGUGCAGGUGAGCUAACAAGGAGUGUGUGUCCUUAUCACCUGGCCCGCUGAGCCACGCUGGCUGCUGGCUGCAGACUGCAAACACACACACACACACCCACACACAGCUUUGUCUCCUUGCUCCGUUCCCCUCGAGAGCCAGGGCAACAAUCUCCGCCACUAGCUAACCUCAUCCAUGGAAGGUGCCGUGCGGGGGGGCAUUGGCCCGGUGGUGAGGCUGGAGGAGGAGAGGGAAGGCGAGGAGGAGAGACUGUGGGAUAAGGUGGAGAGCCAGAGGCACCUGCUGACCAAGUCCAUCAACCCCAGCAAGCUGACGGCCUACCUGCGGCAGUGCAAGGUCAUCGAUGAGGAGGACGAGGACGAGGUCUUGCACUCGUUGAUGCUGACUUCCCGCAGAGCCCGAGCAAGUCGCCUUCUCGACAUCUUGCGUUCGCGGGGCAAGCGUGGAUACGAGGCCUUUCUCGAGAGCCUAGAACUCUACUACGCUGAGCUGUACAAGUUAAUCACGGGCAAAGAACCAACUAGAGGUUGCUCGGUGCUAGUGGUGGAGGAGGGUUACGAGGGACUAACACAGUUUUUGAUGAGUGAGGCACUGAAGGUGCAGAAGCAACUGAAGGAUCGGGACGCGGAGAUCCACAAGCUUCAGGCCAAGUGCCAGGAGCUGGCGGAGGCCAGCGCGCAUGUCAGCCAGCAGAACCAGGAGCUGCAGGGCUUCCAGGAGCGACACCGCAAGCUGAAGGAAGAAAUCGAGCUGUUCAACAACCAGCUGAACAAGGUGAGAGAGGACAGCUACCUGCUGGCCAUGAAGCACGCGCAACUCCACGAGGAGAAGAACACGGUGGCCAUGAGGAACCGGGAACUGCAGCUAGAGAAUGACCAGAUGCGGUGGAGGCUGGCCGGGGUGCAGGAGGAGUGCAUGUUGGCGCGCAGGGUGUCCAGCAAGCUGCAGGAGGACAUGGACAGCCUGCCCAGCAGGCAGAACGUUAGCAAGCUGCAGCUGGACAACCAGCAGCUGCGCGCCACCGUUCAACAGCUGCAGACCUUCCUGCAGAGCAAGACUAAUCUCCCCUGCAUGGACAAGACACUGCUGGACAUCAUGGACCAUGACCGGCAGGAAGCCCUUGAAGAUAAACAGACGCUGGUGGAUAAGUUUCACCACCUUAACCUGGAGCUCCAGCAAGCUGAGGAACUCCGCGACAAGUACCUGAGGGAGAAGGAAGACCUAGGGGUGCAAGCUACACUGGUCAGGAAGCAAUGCCAGAUGCAGGAGUACCGGAUCAACACCCUCCUGCAGCAGAUCCAAGAGGUGGAGAAGGAACGAGACCAGGCCCUGCGAGCCCGAGACGAGGUGCAGACCAUCCACGCCCAGCUCCUGGUGGACGUCAGCCGCCACCGCAGGGAGGUGUGGGGACUGGAGGAGAAGAUGGACCUGCUGCACCUGGAGCUGGCCAGGAAGGAGGGAGAGAUGACCAAGCUACACUCACAGCUGAAGCAGCUCAGAUCCUGCAACCUACACCUAACAGAUCUCAAUAGUUCGAUAAGCAGCAGCUUGGACUCCAUCAACUGCCCUGAGGACCCGAGCAGUGAGGACCACAGAGAAGACAGGAGCUUCCCCUCGUCUGGGCUGAGCAGGCGGAACUGUGUCAAGAGAUUGGAAUCGUCGUUAGGCCAAAGUCCCCAGUUUCCGGAGAGCGACCCUGGAGAAGAAUCAUCGACCAUGGAGGACUCCUGGCUCAACAUGGAUGAUGAGCAAGGCAUCAACAGGUUCUCAAUGACUCCCUUUCCGCCGGGCAAGGGCUCCCUGCUGCGGAGACUGCAGGACGUGGAACUGGUCAGCAGAUAUCUAUUUGGGCCUCUCAGGAACUCAAUGGAAUUUGGGAACAGCUGUCCAGAUGAAAUGCAGAAACUUCCACACAACAAAGACAUCCCCUGCCCAGGCACUGAGGACACGGGCAAGGCCACCAUCGACCCCGACGGCAACAAGAGGCCACUGUCCGCAUCGUUGUCAAUGCCGGACCUGACCAGCAUCUGCACCAAAGUCCAGCAGGGCCGUGAUCCCACCGUCGCCAGGGGCAACGGGGCGGCCAUCUUGGUGAACUGUGAGCACCAAAGGUCGUGGCCACAGGAGGAGGUGAGCCCGACACACAGUCUCUCCGACCAGGGAGAGGGUAGCGUGCAGAGGAUCGCUCCGCAGAACUGCGCUGGGACGGACGCAUUCAGGACCCUGCCCUGCCGUACGUUUCCAGAAUCUCUUCCGUUCUCGCCGAUCAAGGCCUGCAGGCCGUUCUCCAGGGUUUUCCAGGUGGACGGGCAGCUGAAUGGAAGCUCCUUCUACAUCCGAGUGAACCUGAACAUCCUGGGGCAGGUGGACAGCUGCUCCUUGCAGGUGAAGUGCGAUGAGAUCUUGCACGUCUUGAACAUGGCCUGCCCGCCGGGCAGCGACUGGCUCUGUGCCCGCGUUGACCCCGUCACCAUGAGCGACCAGGAGCAAGGAACCAUCCCCAACGCCUACAGAGCUCACCAGCUACUCAUGGUUAAAAUCCACUCCCUCAUCGGAAACUUCCAGAAGAACGAGAGAGCAAAAAAGGCUAUGAAGAACUACGAUGAGUUGAAGUCGUUGGGCGGUGACCAGAUGAGGAUAGUGGUGGCGGGUCUGCCUUCUAAUGUCAACGCCACCAACGUCAACCCCUCCCUCAGCUUCUGCCAUGAAGAUCGGAAUGAAAGAGUCGUACCUUACAGCCUUGUUCACCCGGUCAGUGUCCAUCAGAAGCGACCAGUGGUCAUAAUGCCAACAGUGUUAGCCAAGCCUCUGAUGCACCGCAUCCUACAGUCACCAACUGCUGCAGACUUCCAAAUGGUGCAAGCAGAGGUUCUCACUGAGGAACAGCUGAAGAACCAGACUCGGUUUCCUCUGCAAAAGGUCCUGAACCAGGACAAGUAUGAAUGCAUCACCCUCGAAGCGAUCCGAGAUGUCAUCGCUAAGAACAAGCACGGCUUGCUGCCUUUAGGAGUGCACUCUGUCAAGGACUUGAUCACCGAGGAGAUCUACAGCAUCAUCAUCCAUAUCAAGGUGACUCCCAAAAACAUGAAGAAACUGAGGAAGUUGGCGCCAAAGUCGUGCGGCAGCGACGCGGAGUUCCUGAAGCUCCACCGCAUCGAGCAGAAGCACCUGGAGUCGGUGCCGUGCCUCUCAGCCGCGGUGGAGCCCGGCGCCUGGGCCACUGUGGACGAGCUGGCCAAGGCCGUGAGGGACAGCAUCGUCCAGGAGCAGCAGAAGGUCGUCUGGGUCGAGCAGAACUAGACGUUCCUGGAUCCUUGGUGCUGGUCGGUUGAACGUUCCAUGGAUAAGGUCCAUGCUCCUGGCAGAGACAGACUGGAAGAUCCACCUCAGCCUGGGGUCUCCUCUCAGGGCCAAGGAACCAGCUUCAGAUCUCUAAGAUGUCCAAGGACACAGAUUUGAUCUCCUCAAUGUUCAGGAAUCCAGCCUUGGAUGUCUUCUCAGAUGUCCAUAGACCCAGCCCCAGAUCUCCUCUCAGAUGUCCAAGGAACCAGCUUCAUUCAGAUC